GGUGCGGCAAAAAACCUAGAGCCGGCCCUGCAUGGAACACAGCGCUGUUCUGCUCUGACCUUCAGUGAACUUUCUAUUAGCUGCCACACAAUCUUUUCAUUAGCAAAGUUGAGCAAGCUUGUCAUAGACUGUGCACAGGAGCUCCCUUUUGUGGAAGCCAUACACAAAGGAAUCCUGCCCUGGUGCCCUAUGGCUUGCUCAUAAUGAUGAUGGACAUGCAGUGGCAGGAGUGCUGGUGGUGUUCUGUAGAUGAGACCGGUUCUUGCCCCAAGAGACUUACAGUUGAUUCGACAUGACACAGCAGGGGUCGCCAAUAAACAAAGGAUGGGGGACUAGAAGGAUGAGGGUUACCAUGGUGAAGAUCAUGAAGUAUCUAAUUGUAACACACACACUGUUAGUUCCUCUUUUAAAAUGUGAAAUCUAACUAGAAUGGGGUUUCUCAAUCUAGGGGUCACAAACAGGGGUUAUGACCACCACACUCUUCCCAACUGCUGAAUAGAAGGGGGUUCUGGCUAGGUCCCAAGUAGGUGGGGGAGGUCCCAGGAUGGAAAAUGUUGAGAACCACCAAUCUAGAUAAAUUAAUUUGUUGGGGCAGGGACUGUCUCUUACUGUGUUUGUACAGUACCCCACACAAUGGCCUUGGUUCUGACUGCAUUGUUGUAAUCUAUUUUUAUCAUCUAAAAAAUAAUAGUGCCUCUGCAGCUGGCCUGCUGGGUGUCUUCACGCAAGCUUCUUGCCUCUUGAUGGCCUUGUCAUCACUGGUUCUCCACUUGUAAGGUAACUCCCUCCUCUUCAUGUGCCAGUAUAUUUAUGCCUGUAUCUGUAAUUUUCACUCCAUGCAUCUGAAGAAGUGGGGUUUUUUACCCAUGUAAGCUUAUGCCCAAAUAAAUCUGUUAGUCUUUAAGGUGCCACUGGACUCCUCGUUGCUUUUGCCUCUCUGUUGGGCUUCUCCAGCUGGAUAAUGAUCUGACCUUUGUAAAGCACUGGAGAUCUAUGGAAGGAAAGAGUUAUAGAAGAGAUAGUAAAAGAAGACAGUAAUACUAUCUAGACAUUUGUACAUCUCUCACCAUCACGGUUUCUGAGCAUCUUGCAAACAACCGUGUAUUUCAUCACAGGUUCCUUUACCCCAUCCAGAGAAGUGUUUGACGUUUUCAGUCUCUUAAUUCACGGGUAGUUGUCACCAGUAGUGAGAACUUAUCAAACCAGAGCCGACUUGUACCUCAUUUGCAACCCCACUGACCUUAUGCACAAGCUUUUAAAUGGUCACUGAAGGCUUGAGUGAACCAGGGGGGGCCCAAUUUGGCCCAAACUGGUUUUCACUUAGCCAGAAACUGGAUUUUCUGGUUGGGGUGGGGUUUAUUUUUAAACAGGGCCCGUGAGUUAAAAAUCCAAAGCAGGAGGGCACUCAGACCCCAGGUGAGUAAAGAGUUAACUGAAUAUGUGAGUGAGCCAGACAGUGAACUCUGUACUACUUGCUCCAAGCUGCUUUCAGUUUCUUGAUCAGCAAGGUAAGAAUUUGGUGACAUUCUGCACCUGUCAAUAUUUUCACUCAGACAGCAUCAUGAUUCACAUCCUGGUUCCUAUUAAAUACAGAGACGUGGCUUUGUCAUUCACAUACGCCUAUGUUUACCCUAGUGUAUUGGACAUCUGAUCUGGUAAAUUUAACUUCUUCGAGUCUUACUGUGAAACCAGUUAGUUACCAUAUAUUAAUGUAUUGUGCAAUACAUGUAAAAAUAUUUAUAUAACUUAUCUCUCGCCAGUAAAAUUCAGUGAAGUAGACACAGCCUGAGGCAGGUCAAUUUGGAAAUUGAAUUUGUGCUAAUCGGUGCAAGGCACGGGCUGUGAGAAAUACACUAUACAUGGGAAUGACCUGUUCUCCAAUAUACUUGUGACUGAAUUCUGACUGUGUGGGUGUAUCUUUAACAAUGCUUCUAUCUAACCAAUCCCUUCACUAUUUGUAAUGCAUUUCUCUUGUGGGCUCCAUGCACACAAGUAUUGAUAAAACCAGUAAGAAUGGUAAAUAUUCUUAAUAUCAAAGCCCCAAUUGCUCUAAGCCCAGAGGGCAGAUAACUCAUUGUGCACAGUCACUCCUGUGAUUUUUCCUCUACUGAGGCUGCAAACAAGGAUGCUGAUUGUGGUGGUGGCUCUCUUUAACAGAACCCAUUGAGAAAUGGGCUGAGACCACUAGCUCCCAUCCCAAAGGCAACUGAAUAACUAUUAUUUAUAUUGCAGUAGCACCCCCAAUAACAGUCCAGAGCCCCACUGGGCUGUACAAACAGAACAAAAAAGUGCUUGCCUCAUACAGCUUAUGAUCUAAGCCAAGGGGCAACAGGUGGCGACAGACAGACAGCUGAGGGAGCACAAGUGGACAGUGAGACAAUGCUGGUUACAGCACACAGUUACCAGUUUUUGUAGGCAUCACAGCAGAGGAGAGUUUUAAGGAGGGAUAUGAAAGGGGGAUAAUGAGGUAACUGCAGGGGUUUAUGGGAAGCUCUUCCCAUGUACAAGGGGCCACAGGAAAGGGCUUGUUUGAAAAAGUGAGGAGAGAAAGUGUGAAGUUGCGUGUAUGAAAAUGUAACAUUGUAUUUGUUUAACAUUUACAGUAAGAUCUGGCUAAUACUAACCUGAAGAGGAUUUGAACCCAUGGAAUGAGAUGCAUGGCUCUGUCCCUUUAGCAGGCCCUCAUAGCCCAUCCAAUUCCAUGAUUGUAAGUGGAAUUCAUUAGCACCUUCUAAUGGUCUCAGUGGCAGCUGUGAAUGGCUAUGGAGACUGAGCACCCCUUUCCAGGAGGAGUGGUUAAGUACAUUGGUGGAGCAACAUGAGGAAGCUCCUAUUUGUGCCCUGUCUGCUUUGAGCGGAACGAGAUUUGGUGCUGGCAACUUAGCAUUCUUGAGCCCUAAUGUCACUUCAAGAUAAGCUUUAAACGCCUCUUGGAGAUAUGGGAUUUUUAAUUGAUAUGGGGCUUGUAGUAUUGCAGUGCUAUGCAAACUGUCCACAGAUACAGCUGUGGUCUAUUGCAGGAGAGGACAGGACUUGAGGUUCGCCCACCAUUGUCCAGUCCUAAGUCAGGCCAGAAACUACAGGGCAGCUUUAUGAUGUGCCUACAUGAGGACAAGGAUGAGAGUACUAGGUUCAUUUUCAUGUGUGAACAGAAUUAAGAUGACAACUCCAAUUCCCAGCAGCUAGAUGCCCCAUUAUAUCACUCUGCACUGCUCCUCACCAGUCAACAUGCAUUUUCUCCGUCCUUGUCAAGAACUCACUGCAAGCAUAUGUCCCACUCAUCCAGUACCAUCCACCUGAGGAUAUCAACAAAUGGAGAUAAUUCCCAUAAUUCCCCUCUUCAAGACUCACUCCUUCCAUGUAGCCUUCUGGAACUAACCCUCCACUCUUACCUCAAAUUAUACUAGCUUAUAUUACAAAUUAUAAGAGGCACUAACAAGCCAUGUAGACACCAAAAAGUAUAUCUUGAUUUUACCAUCAUCACCCUCAUCCCUUCCCAUAAACCACCUGUUCCCCUGCUCUUUGGGCUGUAUCCAGUGAAGAUGUGGAUGGGGACCUGGCUUUUUUACUCAUCUGUAAGUCUCUAUACCCACCUGUGGUACUGCAUAAAUAUGAAUAAAAUGCUGAAGCUUGUGGUAUCUCCGUCUGAAAACAGACAAGGUAAUAUUCUUGAUAAGUCGUGAGAUACGUUGGCAUAGCCGUGAAUGGAUAUGAUUAUUCUCUGAUUACCUGAAGAUUAUUCCUCUGUCAUACGCUGUAUUUAGACUUGCUGUGUUCAGUUCGAAGGCUAUUUUAACUUUUAACAGAGCCCCUUAAUGCAGUGGGAAUUCAUUCUGGGGUGGUGGUGGGGUGCACCAGGGCAACAGCAGACCAAGGAAUCCUUGAGGAUAUGUUACUGUCUGUGCCAUGCUGCCAGGGUGUCAGUAAGGGACAGCCAGAACUUGUCAUGGGCCUUGCAUGGAUGGCUUUAACCUCCCCCUCCAAGGUCCAUGCAGCUCUCCGGAGAACUGUACAUUCUGGAGAGUGUAUCCCCUGCUCAUCUCCUAGUGAGAGGCAAAUCCUACUACCCUAGUAAAGUGAUCUGGUGAAAAUGCUCCAAAAUCAAGUUCCUCAAGUUUUCCUGGCCCCCUCCUGUGUUCCUUUUCUGCAGAAGAAGGCAAUCUGGAUCUAUGGACCUAAUACUGCUCGAUCUGGUGACACCAGUUGAUUUUGCCAAGAGCAGCCUUGGAUUUGCAAAAACUCCCCCAUUCUGAUUUGUGAGAGACGAGUUCAAAUUGUGCUUUGAUGGGUUCAGUGUCAAUUAGUUCCCCUAAUGGCAUGUUUCAUUCCCCCUGCAUUAUGAUAUCACAGAUGACAACAUCAGAACUUGCCAGUAGGACAGCAGGAGGAGGUAAGGUUCUGAUUGCACUGAGCAGGGUGGAAGGCUGGGCUUGUGGUUAAGACACUGGACUGGGACUCGAGAUGAGUUUAAUCCCAGCUCUGCCAGAUUUACUGUUUGAGUCUGGACAAGCCACUUAGUCUCUCUGUGACUCAGUCUCCAAUCUGUAAGAUGGGGAUAAUAGAACUGCCCUGCCUCACGGGUGUAUUGAGCUGCUGAUAGUACACUGAGUAGGGGGGCCAUGUAUGUAUGUAGAACUGGCCUAAACCCUUCAUAUCUACCUCCCUUCUUGGGGUGCUGAUCUCUGUUCUUGCCAAUGGAAGUUGUCUCAGUGUGAAUGGGGGAAUCCAGCACACAGCUGGGCUGCUCCUGGAUUCUUGCAUUUCAGAGGGUUUGCCUCCUAUAAUCUCAGCUGUCUAGUAACUCACACACCUGCAGACUUGGGUCUUUCUCAGUGCUUCCAUGCUGGCUGCUUUUAUCGUAGUUGUCACAUUUCAUCAAAGACCUGAAGAGAAAUUGAUUUGGGAUGAUAUCAGCUUUUUUUUGUCCUAUCCUCUCCCAAAAUAGAAUUAAUAAUAAUGAAUAAAUAGUGUCUUCCUAAUAUAGCCCUUUCCCACUAUUUUUAUUAUUACAUGUAUUGUGGCGGCACCCUGAGGCUAAGCCCCACUGUGGUGUUGCACAGUGAUGCUCUCGACACACCUGCAUGCUAGAGAAGUACAACGUGACUUGAAAUCUUUAACCUGGCCAAGAUACACACAGCCAGGUCAGCUUGAGGGCAGAAAUACCAGGAUUGUUCCGCAUUCUCUUCUGGUAUUGGCUCUUUAAAUUUUUAUCAUCAAAGCUUUAUUAAAAUGUGGUUAUGCUAAUUUGUGCAGGGACAUGCAAAUCCACACCCCCAUCUCAAACAAAGGCAAGGCCUGCUAGAGGCAAUAAGCAGGAAAGUGAUUAUAAACCUGCUGCCUCCACUGCUUUAUCUCCAUUUCUUGGUCUUACGCAUACUCACUGGCUGGCAUUUCCUAAGACAGGAAGCAGCCAUAAACUGAUGUUUAAAAGCAACCAAGUGGAGAUGAAGUGAGACCAUUUCUGUCUCUAGAAAUUCCAGGGGAGGCAGAGGGAGAGCGGAGCUUUGGACAGUAACCUAGAAGGACCCUUUAUGGUCUUGCUUGCACUUGGAACACAGCAGGAUUACUUGAGUGCAAACUGUCAGCAUGGAGCUAACGUCUGGAGUCUGAACACUGGCUAGGAGGGCUGUCCAGCUGCAAUAAACCCCAGUAUCAGGUACAGUAGAAGGACAGGACUUCAUGAAAGCACAGAGGCUGUUCCUGUUCAUGCUCUCCGCGUCUCUCUGUAAGGCUGGGGCAGGAAUCCUGCUUCUUGGAGGGAGCAGUGUAUGCUGCAACAGAGAGGCUAAAAGAAUGUGCAUGGUGCUGGGCACUAGGAACUUGGGAGAGCUGAUUUGGCUCUGUCACUAGUUUGCUGCGUGGCCAAUCCCUGCAAUUCUCUCUUAGGCUCCCCAGCUCUAACAUGGGGUUAAUACCUCACAGUUGUGGGGAUUAGCUGGUAGUUUUACUACUUGGGCAGGGGUUACUGUGAGACUGCUCUGAAAUAGCUGUAUAGCAUAGCGAACUAUACUAGGAACGUGUCAUUCUACUACUACUAAUUUAAUCAACUCAUAAAAGACACACUUACACCUUGGCUCCACACACAGCCAGCUUGGUUGAGGACUGGCUGAAUGUAGAGCUGAAUGCAAAUAGGAACUUCCAAGGAACAUUUUGCCCCUGAACUGUAUGGAGUUGCAAACUUCCAGGGAAAAAUAUUUCCUGAAAAUCUUCAUAUAUUUUACCAAGGCUCCAUCUUCUUUACUGUUAGGAUUUUACACCCUUGCUGAUUUCCCCUCUUCCCCAAUCCAAAAACCUUCAGUGCUGAUUAAAAUAUAGCAGUACUCAUAUUGGGUCCAUAUUCUGCACUGACAGCCCCAUUUACCUUCUGAGAGCUGCAAGGGGUGUAAGCCAGGGCUGAAUUUGGCCCAUGGUUUGGAGACUUAGGCUAGCAUGUUCAAGGUGCCUAGGGGAUUUGGGCACUGGAAUGGAACCAGGCAUGCGCUUUCCUGAUGAGGCUUUGCCAAGCUAAGCCUUAAAUCAGCACUUCUUGGAUUUUGCUGUUUGCUUUUUGUCCCGCUUCUGCUUGUGAUUGGAACUUGUCCUUAUUUGCAGACUCCAAUCACUCUUCCCAAGAUCCUUCCACCAGGUUCUUUUAAUUAAAAGGAAGCUUUCCUGCUGGAGAGUUACCAGUGGGUGUAUCUGAUCUCAGCCUUCAUCUACUGCACUGCACAGCUGAGACACUGGAGCACAACAGAGGAAGGAGGCAGAAUCAUUUCCUGGGCUAUCCUGCUGUUUGCAUGCAGCAUGCCUUUUGUUGGGGGGAGGGACUGGCAGGCAAUUUUCACAUUUCUUAAAAGGACAAUCCAUAAAUGUACUGAUAGCUGGCAACACAGCUGAGACAUGGCUGCAAUCAGAUUUUACUUGGGGUAACACAAAUAUACCUUGGUUUUGAAAUCCAGAGAGUGAAGCAAAGUUAUGUGAACCCCAGCCUUCAACCCAUCUGCACCCCAAAUUCUGCUCAUGUAAAUGCAGAGAGCCAUUAGCUUAGUGUGGCUAUUUUAGUUUAGUGUUUCUCACAUAAACUCAGACUGGUACAUUAUAUUGGUCCAUUGCAUAUGAGCCCAAGAAACUUUGAUUGCUUUCUAACCCCUUAGUUGCUCAUUCUUGGCUGACUAUGAUUUGGGGUGAAAAAAACAUUAAAAUGGCAAUGUAAACCAUAUGGAGCUUCUGCGUUGGAGCACUUGGCUAAGCAGAAGGUGCUGGUGGCAUGAAGGAUCAAGAUGCAUCGGAAAAAGAUCAAAGCAGAUGAUCAUGCCAACCUGAUGGGUGAAGACCAAAAUGCCAAAGGGCCUUAUUAUGGUAGUCUGAGCCAGGAUCCUAUUGAAAUCUCGGAGCUGAGCAAACCAAGUCAAGCAACCCAUGUCACGCAGAGCACUGCAAAUGUCUUCAGCGAUGGACGCACCAGGAUAGACUUCGUCCUGGUGUGGGAAGCAGACCCCCAGGAGCAGGAGGGACAGAAUGAAGAAACCAGUGCUGAGAGCGAGGUGCCCCGGUGGAGAAGAGCUGUCGAUGUCCGCAAGACUUGGCGGAAGAAGUUUCUGAACAAGCUCCAGGCUGCUGGGAUCUGUAUAGAAAAGCACGUGGUCCAGGAUGAGAAGAAGGUGGUGCACUAUGUGCUGCUGAAUGCCCCCUGGAGCGUGCUGUGUUAUUAUGCAGAGGAUCUCCGGCUGAGGCUCCCACUGCAGGCCCUGCCAAAUCAGGCUUCAAACUGGUCUGACAGAGUGGCGAAGAGGCUGGCUGUCCCCAGCCUGCUGCAUGAGGAGGUUCCCAAUCUGCCCCUGGACUACUACACUUGUCACUUCAAGGUGAACAAGUUAGCAUGGUUCCUAGGGAGCAAUGAGCAAGACACCUUCUUCAGCAGCACACAACGGCACAGGAUACUGUACGAGAUCCUGGCCACGACGCCAUAUGGCCACCUGAAGCAGGGGGAGGUUGGGGUGGAUCGGCUGCUGAGCGAGAAUGUCUUUGCAGCUGCAUUCCCCCUGCAUGAGGGUCCCUUUGCAGUACCUGCUGACGGGCUAGCCCCUGAGAGCCUGACCGAGCGCCAGGUCCUCUUCCAGUACUGGGCGAGGUGGCGGAAAUGGAACAGAUACCAGCCACUGGAUCACAUCCGCAGGUACUUUGGAGAGAAGAUCGCGCUCUACUUUGCCUGGCUGGGUUUCUACACUGGGUGGCUCUUGCCUGCGGCAGUUGUGGGGACACUGGUUUUCAUUGCAGGCAUAUUUCUGAUGCUGAGCGACAUACCUGCGCAGGAGAUCUGUGAGAGCGAGGAUCAGUACCAGAUGUGCCCGCUGUGUAAGGAGUGCCCACAGUGGCAGCUCUCCAGCAUCUGCAGCAUGUUCAAGGCAGGCCGCCUCUUCGACCACGGUGGGACCAUCUUCUUCAGCAUUUUCAUGUCCCUGUGGGCAGUGACAUUCCUGGAGUACUGGAAGCGGAUGAACGCCACCCUGGCGCACCGCUGGGACUGUUCCGACUUCGAGGACAUUGAGGAGCGGCCGCGACCCCAGUUCACUGCCAUGGCUCCAAUGACGAUGGAGAACCCAAUUACUGGAGCAGAGGAGCCAUAUUUUCCCAAGCAGAACCGCGUAAAACGGGUCAUGGCUGGAUUGAUGAUCAUCAUCAUGAUGAUUGCUGUGGUUGUGAUGUUUCUGAUCUCCAUUAUCCUGUACCGGGCGAUCGUCAGCAUCCUUGUGUCAAGAUCCGGGAACUUCCUCUUUGUGGCAUCGGCAUCUCGUAUUGCCAGCCUCACGGGCUCAGUGGUGAAUCUAAUCUUCAUCCUCAUCCUCUCUAAAAUUUACAUUGCACUGGCCCAUUUCCUUACCAAGUGGGAGAUGCACCGGACUCAGACGAAGUACGAAGAUGCUUUCACCUUCAAAGUGUUUGUCUUCCAGUUUGUCAAUUUCUACUCUUCUCCCAUCUACAUUGCAUUCUUCAAGGGAAGGUAAGACAUCUCCAGGGGAGGGCAGCUCUUGCCUCCCCCACCCAUCCCCCAGCUCUGGGGCAUGGCCCUCUCCUCCAAACAUAAUCCCAUUUUAGCUGGUGGCUAGAGUUCCUGUGGCUGGCCCAGAGGUAAGCGGCUUUGGGACCUGGUGAUGUGCAGUUCCAGUGGAUAGCCCUAGAGCAGUGGUUCUCAAACUGUGGUCCACGGAUCAUGAGUGAUCUGCCAGCUCCAUUCAGGUGGUCCGCGGAUAGUUCCCUCUAAGGUGCGUGGCCACACAUGAAACAAUGAAGGGCCACUCACCUAAUUAGUGGAGCUGCGCAGGUGUGGCGCCACUAAUUAGGUGCCUGAACCCUGGAGAAGAUGCACAUGUAAGGUGAGGUGGUGGCCUUGGGGGGAA